AUGGAUCAUGAACAUGGUCAUGGCACUAUUGACAUCAUAGCAGAUGCACCAUCCAUAGAGAACAGCUAUGUUAGGAGUAAAGUUUGUGCAGGAUCAUCCUGCGGAUUUUCUGAUGCUAAAACCAGUAUUAAGGAUGCAGAAGAACGUGUAGCAUCCAUGUGGAAGCUGUUGGGUGGAGUUGUAGUGUGUUUCAUUUUCAUGGUGGUAGAAGUGAUUGGUGGAAGUAAAGCAAACAGUCUUGCAAUCUUGACAGACGCUGCUCAUUUGUUGUCCGAUGUUGGUGCUUUUACAAUCUCGUUAUUCUCUGUGUGGGCUUCGGGAUGGGAAGCUACACCUCGUCAAUCUUUCGGGUUUUUCAGGAUUGAGAUACUUGGAACUCUUGUAUCGAUCCAAAUGAUAUGGCUUCUUACUGGGAUCCUUGUUUAUGAAGCUAUAGAUAGACUCCUGCAUGGUAGAGUCGAGGUUCAAGGCACUCUUAUGUUUGUAAUUGCUUUUAUCGGUUUACUUGUUAACAUGUUCUUGAUUUUUAUACUCGGCCAUGACCAUGCACAUUAUCAUGGACACCAUGGGCAUACGCAUGGACACGAAGAUGAUGCUGAGGGUCUCCACGUCCAUAGAUUAAGUGUCGCAACAAUGCACAACCACCAUCAUCACCAUAAUGAAAGUCGUCAUGAUGAACAUGAAGAUCAUAUCCAGCCUCUGUUGAAUACAGAUGAGAACAAAGCAAAGAAGAGGAGUAAUAUAAAUGUUCAUGGUGCUUAUCUUCAUGUUCUUGGGGAUUCCAUUCAGAGUGUUGGUGUAAUGAUGGGUGCUGCAGCUAUAUGGUAUAACCCUAAAUGGACACUUGUUGAUCCCAUAUGCACCCUUUUAUUCUCAAUUGUAGUGUUGUAUACAACUAUCAACAUGUUGCGUGACAUUCUAGAGGUUUUGAUGGAAAGUACACCAAGAGAGAUAGAUGCAACAAGCCUAGAAAGAGGUCUAUGUGAGAUUAAUGAAGUGGUUGCAAUCCAUGAAUUGCAUAUAUGGGCAAUCACCGUUGGGAAAGUUUUGUUAGCUUGCCAUGUAAAGAUUAGGCGUGAAACUAAUGCUGAUAUGGUGCUGGAUAAGGUUGUUGACUACAUAAAGAGGGAAUACAAUAUCAGUCAUGUUACAAUCCAGAUUGAGAGAGAAUAG